CAGUUGUUAAAGAGUCUGGCAAACGCAGGGCACCGCCGCAGACUGGUGGACGCGCUGGAGGAUGUCGGGACGCGCCGUGAGGAGUCUCGUGGCGUGGUGCGCGCUGGUGGCCAUCGCCGCGCCUCUCAGCACAGCAGUGGCGAACAUCGCAUGCGGCAAACCGGCAGACAUCGUGCACGGGAACUGGAGCUGGGUAAACAGCACCACCAUCGUGUACUCGUGCCAGCCUGGAUUCCUGCUGGGAGGGCUGAUCACACGCACGUGCAAGUCAGGCAGCUGGAACCCGCACUACCCGCCCCAUUGCACGGUCGUGUGCCGACGUCCUCCUCUGGACUCAAAUGCUGACAUGAGCGCGCUGGCGCAGGACAAGACGUACUUCACCUCCGGGGAGACCGUGCUGUUCACCUGCCAUGAUCGAAACAUGUACACGCUCUUGUGCGACAAGGGCCGGUGGCGGCCGAUUGGCAGAUAUCGAAAGUGCAAAGACUCCCAAGAUGACUUCAAUGCAUCCUUGCUACGCUACCUGGAGUGGCUCAUAGGAUUUGGAAAAAGGCGAAAUUCUAUCGACGUGAACUGUGGGAUUCUGACCGUAGCCAAUGCUGUUUGCACUCAAGAUCGAGUGGCCAAAUGCAGCUGCAAUGACGGAUACGUGUUGGUCGGUUCGCCCAACGUCACCUGUCAAGCCAACGGGAGGUGGUCGGAUAACCAUCCGGAGUGUAAACCGAGGGCGUGCAAAGAGCUGCCGCACGUGCACGGAGGCCAGAAGGAAGGCGAUGGCGGCACAGUUGGGAAUACCGUUCACUUCAAGUGCAACGAGGGUUUCAGACUGGAGGGCGAGAGCACGCUCACCUGCCUUGAGACUAAGGAGUGGUCGUCACCGCCUCCUGUGUGUGACCCUUUCUGCGGAAAACCACCUCCACAGCGUCACGCACAGCUUGCCGUAGCUUACGACCGCAGGGAACUCUACCGCGUGGAUCAGUACGCCUACUUCUACUGCGACGAGUACUACAGGGCUCCCUCACCCGGCUUUUACCUGACCUGUAAGGAAGAGGGUGGCCGAACGACUUGGGACACGGACCACCGGCGGUGCAACCGUGAGGAAUGCGUACGCCCUGAUCAGAUUCCCAACGGGAAGUGGGAGGGGAACGUCACCAUUGGCAGCAGCAUCACCUACUCGUGCGACGAGCAUUUCAGACUGGAGGGCGAGAGCACGCUCACCUGCCUAGAGACUAAGGAGUGGUCGUUCCUGCCUCCUGCGUGCGACCCGUUCUGCGGAAAACCACCUCCACAGCGUCACGCACAGCUUGCCAUAGCUUACGACCGCAGGGAACUCUACCGCGUAGAUCAGUACGCGUACUUCUACUGCGACGAGUACUACAGGUCUCCCUCACCUGGCUUUUACCUGACCUGCAAGCAAGAGGGUGGCCGAACGACUUGGGACACGGAUCACCGGCGGUGCAAUCGUGAGGAAUGCGAGCGCCCUGAUCAGAUUCCCAACGGCAAGUGGGAGGGGAACGUCACCACUGGCAGCAGCAUCACCUACUCGUGCGACGAGCAUUUCAGGCUGCAGGGCAACAGAACUCUGGUUUGCCUCUACAAUCAUCAGUGGUCAUCAUCGCCCCCCGCAUGUAAACCGUUCUGCGGCAAACCACCUUCACAGCCCCACGCGAAGUUUUCUCCAGUGAACGACGACAAACAGCAGUACUUCGAAAACCAGACGGUCCACUUUGACUGCGACGAGGACUACAAGUCUCCGUCAGAUGGGUUUGACUUGUACUGCAGAAGAAAGGGUGACAUGAUGGCUUGGGAUGCGGACCACAAGCGGUGCAACCGUGAGGAAUGCGAGCGCCCUGAUAAGAUUCCCAACGGGAAGUGGGAGGGGAACGUCACCACAGGCAGCAGCAUCACCUACUCGUGCGACGAGCAUUUCACGCUGCAGGGCAACAGAACUCUGGUCUGCCUCUACAAUCGACGGUGGUUAUCAUCGCCCCCCGCAUGUAAACCGUUCUGCAGCAAACCACCUCCACAGCCUCACGCGAAGCUUUCUCCAGCGUAUGACAACAAACAGCAGUACUUCGAAAACCAGACGGUCCACUUUGACUGCGACGAGGACUACAAGUCUCCGUCAGAUGGGUUUGACUUGUACUGCAGAAGAAAGGGUGACCUGAUGGCUUGGGACGUGGACCACAAGUGGUGCAACCCAUCCGUGUGCGGCCCGCCUCCUGACCAACCUCACGCCAAGGUGAAGAUUCCCGCCGGGCACGUCCACGGCCGCCGAUACGACGUCCACGAGUACGUCUACGUCGCUUGCGACGAUCGCUUCAAGAGCCUCGCCGGCGGAUACUACAUGUCGUGCGAGAAAGACGGCAGUGGCGCAGCCGCGUGGUCCGUGGACAGUUACCUCGGGUGCACACCCGAACUGUGCUAUGCGCCCGGGGAAGUUGAGCACGGAUUCUGGAGCGGAAACAUCGCUCUCGGGGGCUCCAUCGAGUUCUCGUGUCAAAAACACUUCACCUUGCGCGGAGCCAGCAAGCUGACCUGUGACCCAGCCACGAAGAAAUGGUCGUCGACAGCUCCGCGCUGCGAGCAGACCUCCAACGCAACGCAGAGUAGCAACCACAGCGUGGGGGAGACACCUCGCCAAGGCAGCCCCACUCGAGGCCCAACUCAGAGGACGUCGUCGCCAACGCACGAGGCCAACAGCACGGCGCAGGUUCAACUUCCCUGGGGUGAAACUGUGUCACCCAAUCAACCCAUGUCACCCAAUCAACCCAUGUCACCCAAUCAACCCAGGCCAGCCAAUCAACCCAAUCAACCCAGGCCACCCAAUCAACCCAGGCCAGCCAAUCAAUCCUUGCCACCCAAUCAACCCAGGCCAGCCAAUCAACCCAAUCAACCCAAGCCACCCAAUCAACCCAUGCCACCCAAUCAACCCAUGUCACCCAAUCAACCCAGGCCAGCCAAUCAAUCCAGGCCACCCAAUCAACCCAGGCCAGCCAAUCAACCCCUGCCACACCAUCAACCCUUGCAGUCCAAUAAACCCUUGCCGCCCAAUCAACCCUUGCCACCCAAUAAACCCUUUCCAGCGAAUCAACCCUUGCCAGCCAAUUAACCCAGGCCACCCACUCAACCCUUGCCGCCCAAUCAACCCUUGCCACCCAAUAAACCCCUGCCACACCAUCAACCCUUGCCACCCAAUCAACCCAGGCCAGCCAAUCAACCCAUGCCACCCAAUCAACCCCUGCCACACAACCCUCGCCACCCAAUCAACCCAUGCCACCCAAUCAACCCAUGCCACCCAAUCAACCCAGGCCACCCAAUCAACCCUUGCCACCCAAUCAACCCAGGCCACCCAAUAAACCCAGGCCACCCAAUCAAGCCAGGCCAGACAAUCAACCCAUGCCACCCAAUCAACCCAGGCCACACAAUCAACCCAGGCCACCCAAUCAACCCUUGCCACCCAAUCAACCCAGGCCACCCAAUCAACCCAGGCCACCCAAUCAACCCAGGCCAGCCAAUCAAACCAUGCCAGCCAAUCAACCAUUGCCACCCAAUCAACCCAGGCCACCCAAUCAACCCUUGCCAGCCAAUCAACCCAUGCCACCCAAUCGACCCAUGCCACCCAAUCGACCCAGGCCACCCAAUCAACCCAUGCCACCCAAUCAACCCAGGCCACCCAAUCAACCCAGGCCACCCAAUCGACCCAGGCCACCCAAUCAACCCAGGCCACCCAAUCAACCCAGGCCAGACAAUCAACCCAGGCCACCCAAUCAACCCAGGCCACCCAAUCAACCCAGGCCAGCCAAUCAAACCAUGCCAGCCAAUCAACCCAGGCCACCCAAUCAACCCUUGCCACCCAAUCGACCCAUGCCACCCAAUCGACCCAGGCCACCCAAUCAACCCAGGCCACCCAAUCAACCCAGGCCAGACAAUCAACCCAAGCCACCCAAUCAACCCAGGCCACCCAAUCAACCCAGGCCAGCCAAUCAAACCAUGCCAGCCAAUCAACCCAGGCCACCCAAUCAACCCUUGCCACCCAAUCGACCCAUGCCACCCAAUCGACCCAGGCCACCCAAUCAACCCAUGCCAGCCAAUCAACCCAGGCCACCCAAUCAAUCCAUGCCAGCCAAUUAACCCUUGCCCCACUAUCAACCCUUGCCACCCAAUCAGCCCAGGCCACCCAAGCAAGUCCGUGAGGAAGCAAUCGCAGGGAUUUCAUGUUUUUUGUUGCGUCUCGGUCCAGAGGGAACUGCACACCUCAGACGCACAGCAGCGGCAGUGCGCGGACGAUGGACGCGGCUCCUUUCCCCGUUGCGUUGCAUUUCAACUUCCACAAUUAACUCCGCGUUCCUGACGUUGGUGAUUGUCUGAAACGUUCUGACGGUGUUUAACGUGCCACGCAGUUGCACGCGGAAAGAAAAGGUGUCCGUCGUGUGAAGGCGGUGCGUCAAUAAAUGAAGCGCGCAACCUCUGCUCGGAUUGGCAAUUGUCGGCGCAGGUGGCUUCUGCCGAACUGAUUUGAAUGUGAAAUGGUGAAACACGGUAGCGGUAAUCCAGGCCCAGUUACACGCGGAUAAACGGAAUCUGCGAUGCUUUCGUUUCACCGUAGCUGGCCUGUAACAUUGCAGGGUUCAAGUUGAGUUUUCUUUAGCCCAGGAAAGAGUCCAGGAAAGAGUCUCAUUUGCAAGAGGGGACCUGGGUCACAAAAAAACGACAAAGUGCAACAAUAUGAAAACGGAGUACACCUGCGGAGGGAGCGUGCCAAGCGGGGCGUCGCCACCCACGACACUCGCUGGCGAGGAUAACGGGCGCGAGUUACUGACAGCGGUGGACCGGCGGUGGCGUCUGAAGCGGUCUAUACGUAGCGGUGACGCGGGGGGAAAGCGACGGAAGAGAUUUAAAGAGACCCUGAAAGUGACACAAAAUCGGCAAACGGCAGAAAGAUGCGACAGUGUGUUUGACGAGGGAGCGGACACUUAUUUAUUUAUUGAUCAGCUUCUGAGCAAAGGGGCGUUGGGAAGGAAUUCCGACUUGGAGCGGUGCAGGAGAAUAAGCAACUGUGACGAAAAUGAGUCUUGAGCAAAUGUACAGUUAGGGCCGUUCAUUCAUCUCGCCUGUCAUAUUUGACAAGGUAAGGCCCUCUGAGCUACAGAAUUCUCGAUUUGAAGCUUUCGUGACUGCAGGGAUUCAUGUUCUUGGUUUUUUCGGUAAAGUCACGU